CGGAAGCGGCGGCGGGCGCGGGGCAGGGCCCGUCCCGGGGCGGUCGGUGCCGCCGUUCCCGCUCUCCCUCCCACCGACAUGGCGGAGCCCGGGCGGCCGCAGCGGAAGCUGUCCCGGGUCGGGGAGAGCCUCUACCGCGUCCUGGGCCUGCAGAAGGGCAGCUCCCCCGAGGAGAUCAAGAAGGCCUACCGGAAGCUGGCCCUCAAGUACCACCCGGACAAGAACCCCGAUGACCCGGCGGCGGCCGAGCGCUUCAAGGAGAUCAACAGCGCCCACGCCACGCUGAGCGACGAGGACAAGCGCCGCCUCUACGACCAGUACGGCUCCCUGGGGCUCUACGUGGCCGAGCAGUUCGGGGACGAUGCCGUCAAGCACUACUUCCUCGUGUCCAAGUGGUGGUUCCAGGCCCUGGCGUUCUGCUGCGGUGCUCUCACCUGCUGCUGCUGCUGCUGUUGCUGCUUCUUCUGCUGCGGGACGUGCUGCCCGCCCAAAGAGGACGAGUCCUACAAGUACGUCGACCCCAAGGACCUGGAGGCGCAGAUGCGUGCGGAGGACAGCGAUCCGCAGGUCCCUGUUGUGGCGCAAUCCCCGCCGGCCAGCGCCGAGUCCUUGCCGGUUGCCAGCACCAGGACCGAUGCCUGAGGCUGGGCUCAGUCCUGCUGGCUCCCCCAGGAUGCCGGGCAGGGAUCCUCCUUUGGGACUGUCACUUUCCGGGACCCCGGUCGCACCACCCGGGGUGGCUCUCCAGCCUCCGGGUGGCUAGAAUCUCAGGUUAAUUUGGCCAGCAUCAAGGCGGGGGCUUUUCUGCCCCUGCUCGAGCUCCAGGGCGAUGCCCCUGUCUCCCAGCACUGGUGGUGGCGGUGGCCUGGAGCCCGCGCUGCUGCGCCCCAUCCCCGUGCCUCGCCUGCUGCUGUGCCCCCCCCGGCCACCGGCAGCCGUGGCGGAGGCCUCUUCGUCCCGGCUCUGUAGCUCACGAGAGGCAUCCGAGCACCUCCGAGACCGUUAGCACUGUAACCUCCGGGGCUGGGCUGGGCUCCCUGCCCUCACGGGGACCCUCCUGACGGGUGCUGGGUGCCAAACGCUGCUCGUGGGGUUGGGGUGCCGCCUUCUGUGCCCCCUUCCUCCCAGUGCCGGGGCACUGGCUGCGCCCCACGCUCGCUGCUGCUGGCAGGCUCCCUGCAGGGCUGGGCCCGGUACAGGCACUUUCCUUGGGUUUGUUUAGGUUUUAUGGGCACCAUUAAAGGAUGACAGGAGGGGGGGA